AUGUCGAAGCCAAUCAAGCUCUAUGGACACGUUCUCGGCCCCAACCCAUGGAAGGUUGCCAUCAUUCUCGAGGAGCUGAAGAUUCCUUACGAGACUGAGUACAUGGACUUCUCCGUCUUGAAGCAGGAGCCAUUCAUCAGCCUCAACCCCAACGGCCGAACUCCCGUCAUCGAGGACCCAAACACCGGCAUCACACUAUGGGAGUCCGGUGCAAUCAUCGACUACCUGGUUGAAGAGUACGACAAGGAGAAGACUCUCAGCUACACUCAAUCUCCACAAAAGUACCACGAGAAAGUCUGGGAGCACUUCCAGGUUUCAGGACAAGGCCCAUACUUCGGCCAAAAAGCCUGGUUCACACUCUUCCACUCCGAAAAAGGUAUCACGAGCGCCAUUGAGCGCUACGGCAACGAAAUCAAGCGCACCCUCGGCGUCAUCGACCUGCACCUUUCCAAGACCAAGCAGCCUUACUUGGUCGGCGACAAAGUCUCCUAUGCGGAUUUGAUGUUCGUGCCUUGGAACUCCAUGGUGGGAUUCCUGAUGCAGGAUGAUGGAUUCGAGAAUGAGUGGAAGAGCAACUAUCCAAAGUGCUAUGAGUGGCACCAGAAGCUUGUUGCGCGCCCUGCGGUCAAGAAGGUGUUGGAUGAGAAGGCCAAGAUGAAUGCUAAGAACUAG